AUGCCCCGCCGUUUUCGUGGUCUGAGGAGGAUUCUAAAAAUGCCUCUCACUGAGGCUGGGGAUCAAUAUUCUGUGUGGGUGGGGUUGAUUUACAUCUUUAAUUUAAUUGUGGGCACAGGAGCCCUAACGUUGCCAGCAGCUUUCGCCCGUGCAGGAUGGGGUCUCAGCACCAUUUCACUGGUGUUCCUUGCGUUCAUGAGUUAUUUAAAUGUAACUUAUGUCAUCGAGACUAUGGCUUGUGCCAAUGCAGUAUUCAAAUGGAAAAGACUGCAGGCAAUAAAGAGAGAGAGUAUCCAAGACCACGACUCGGAUGACGAGGCAACCACGUCACAACACCAAGGCGACUUGGAGGAGCCCCUGGUGUGCGGGGAAUCCAUACCCUCUCGGUAUUACAGCCUCGACCGUCGCGUGGAACUCGGAGAAAUGGCCAACCUGUUCUUCAAUAAGACAGGGAGGAUCAUGUUCUACUGCACUCUCUGCGUGUAUUUGUAUGGGGAUCUGUCCAUAUACUCCGCAGCCGUGGCCAAGUCUAUUAUGGACGUGGUGUGCUCCUCAGUGCCUUCCAACAUGACAGACCCAAGCGAGUGGGACGAGCUGCCGUGUUUCAACGCCACGUCACACCUGCAGCCAUACUCCCGGCUAGAAGUGUACCGGAUAGCGCUGCUGACGUUUGUGGGCGCUAUGGGGCCUUUUGUCUUCUUCAACGUGCAGAAGACGAAGUACUUACAGCUGUUUACGUCGGGCAUGAGGUGGUUAGCGUUCGCGAUAAUGAUCUCAAUGGCGAUUCAUCUGCUCAUCGGGCGAGGGCCUCAAGGCCACCCGCCGGCCUUUGACGUCACGGGCAUGCCGACGCUAUUCGGGGCUUGCGUCUACUCCUUCAUGUGCCACCAUUCCCUCCCCGGCCUCGUCAGCCCCAUCCGGGGCAAGAACCAACUCGGCCUCCAUCUCGCUCUAGACUACGCACUCAUCAGCGUCUUCUAUCUCCUUCUAGCAUUCACCGGAGCCUUCGCUUUCGCACGGCUUAACGACCUCUACACACUCAAUUUUGUCCCAAAAGACAACGAGAACAUAUUCCUAGAAAUCGUCGAGUACUUCCUUGCUCUCUUCCCAGUCUUUACUUUGUCAACUAGCUUCCCAAUCAUAGCUAUCACUUUAAGAAACAACCUGCAAAGUCUCUUCUUAGAUACAACUAGGUUGGAGUCGUACAACUUCGUGCUGAGGAAGCUACUCUUUCCAAUCGUGACGGUGACUCCUCCGCUGCUGCUGACGUAUUUCUUAGAAGAUAUAAGCAUUCUCAUUGAGUUUACGGGGUCAUACGCAGGCACCGGGAUACAGUAUCUGAUCCCAACGUUUCUAGUGAUAUCCGCUAGGCGGCACUGUAUCAAUUUACUAGGGCUAGGAGUGGUGAACAAGUAUAAGAGUCCCUUCUCUAACGUUGCAUGGGCAGUGUUUGUGCUACUGUGGUCUUUCGUCUGCAUAAUAUUAGUCUCUGUCAACAUGUUCCAAAAGAAAUCAUGACAGUAAUGUUGGAAAAGCCUGGCGCAAUAUAAAGUUUCAUAAAUGAUAUGUCCGUACGGUAUGAUAAGACCGAAUGAGUAAACAUAUUAUAUCGCUAUUGAUAGACGAAAAUGGUGCUCCACCGGUCCUAUUAGCAUUUUAAUUAUCUAAUUUGCGUUGAAAUAAUGAGAUAACGAACUAGGAUUUGUAUUUUUGAUCGAUUUGUGAAAACAAGUCAAUUUGGCCUUGUCGGUUUGUAUGUCAGUAAUAAAUUAUCAAGUCGGUUUUGUUAUCGAUCCCGGCGUCUGUCCCUAGGACGAAGUUACUUGACCGGGUGUUUUCUGUUCAUUUAAGGCUUGGGAAAGCUGAAAUAAAAUGAUAUUACUGGUCCUUAUAUUAUAAUAAAAAGGUACAAUAGUAGACAGUUCCUAGCUUGAGUUUAUAGUAUCAACGUUAGGUACUAGUUGGUUACAUUUUAAUAUAGGAACGAGUCUUGAAAAAGUUCUCGGAUAUUGAAGCUAUCUAUUGAAACAUGUCAUUAUUUAUAAUUUAGGUGUAUUUAUUAAAUUCAAGUACUCUCUAAAUUUGGCUACAGUUGCGUAGUCGCAUUCUCCACCUACGCCAUGACGGUGUCAUAGUGAUUUUAUUUACAUUUCUUUCAUUUACCUACUGGAACGGCUGAACAAACAUGCAGGUUGUUUAAUUUUUUAUUUUAGUAGUAACUAUUUUAAAGUAUUUUGAAAUUGAAUUAUUUAACACGCACAAGUAAGAUGCAUGUCUUCCUAAGUGUAGUUUAGAUUUUAUUACCUAUUAAUUAUUAUAUACGAAUUAGGGGUAUCGUAUUUAAAAAAUAUGGAGCAGUAAGGCCCGUAUUAUGAAAUAAUUAGAUUCAAACUCAAGAAAAAAUCCUGCCCAGUCUAUCGAUUGAUUUACUAUUGAAAUUCAGUCAUUCAUAAAAGUAUGUGCUUGAGAGAAUCGAAUUUUGAACAUCGUUUCUUAAUGCGGGUGAAAAUGCUUUAAAUCCAACAUCACUGUCAAGUUGGGUUAAACUCAAAAGUAUUCA